CCAUACCUGUAAAUACACAUACAUUCAUACAUACAAAUAUAUAAAUAUUUAUAAAUAUACACAUAUUCCUUUCUUUUAAAUAAUGUCAACAGAUUCUAUCUUCAUUGCGGUUCAUAUUGGUGCAGGCAUUUUAUCACGAUCAAAGGAAUCAAAAUAUAGAUCUGCUUGUUCAAAAGCAUGUCGUAUUGGUAUGAGCAUAUUAAAACAAGAGAAUGGUACAGCUAUUGAAGCAGUUACAAAAGCAAUUCAGCAUUUAGAAGAUAAUCCUGUAACUAAUGCAGGCUAUGGAUCUAAUUUGACAUUAACAGGUACAGUAGAAUGCGAUGCAAGUUUAAUGUCAGGAGAGUAUGGCACUUUUGGUGCUGUAGGUGCUGUGUGUGGCAUAAAAAAUCCAAUUAAAACCGCCUACCAGAUGGUCAUAGAGGCAGAAAAGGGACUAUUAUCAUUAGGAAGAAUACCGCCUAUGUUAUUGACGGGACAAGGUGCGAAAGAAUGGGCAAAGUUACGCGGUCAUUCUAUUAUAAACAAUGAAGAUUUAAUUGAACCAACUUCUUAUCAGACAUAUCUUAAACAUAUCCAGAUGCUUUUAGAAGAUCAGGAAGCUCAAAACUCGGAUCUUUUAGGUCAUGAUACUGUAGGUGCUAUUGCAAUCGAUAUUAAUGGUAAUAUUGCAGCUGGUGUUAGUAGUGGUGGUAUAUCAUUGAAGUUUCCAGGAAGAGUAGGUGAGGCUGCAAUUUAUGGCAGUGGUUGUUGGGCUCAAGAUGAAAAAGGUGAUUUACCUGGCGUAGCAUGUAGUACAACAGGUACUGGAGAGCAAAUUAUGCGAACCAUGUUUACGUAUAAAUGCGUUCAACGUUUACUAAAAGAAGAUGAUAUCCAAGUAGCUAUGACAAAUACUUUAACUAAAGACUUUUUGGAAUCUCCAUUCUUGGAUAUAUAUGAUCAAAAGUCAGUAGGAAUAAUAGCUUUGAGGUCCCAAAAAUCAAAUAAUAAAACAAGAUUAGAGUUUUGGUAUGGUCAUACCACUGAUGCAAUGGGAAUAGGAUAUAUGACGAGUACAUGUAAGAACCCAAAGGCGUUUAUAUCAAGAAAAAAUGAAAAUAAUGAAAAACUGGUAUCUUCAGGAUGGCUUAUCCCAUAAUUUUUAUUUGUUAUUUUGGGAAAGAAAAAAAGGAGGAAAAUGAUUAAGUUUAAUAAAUAUUAUUUUAUACAAGUCAA